AUGGCUGCAGCAGUAGGUAAAGCGCCGCAGAAGCCAGGGUCAGAGGUGGAUGGGCAGCAAGGUGUCGGGCGCACGCUGUCGGGCAACGUGCUCUACCUGACGGUGGUGGGGCUGUCGCCGCGCGUGCGUGGACCGGCCUACCUGGUGUACGCGGCGCUGGUGCAGCUGUGCGCCGCCGUUUACGUGGCCGUCGGUCUGUUCAGCAUCCACACCGCCCGAGGGGACGUGGACGCCAUCUCGCACACGCUGAUGCACAUACUCGAAGACGUCUCCGGUAUGACCAAGGCGGCGCUCUUCUUUCGCAAGAGGCAGUCCUUUUACCGUCUGGUGCGAGACCUGGAUCUGAUGGCGUCCGAGGAGUGGGACCGCCCCGAGCUGGAGUCUGCUCGGCGCUGGGCCCGCUGGAUGACGGUGUCGCUGAGUGCCUACAUCUACGCCGUCAUCCUGCUGUGGCUGCCGGCGCCGCUGCUGGCCGGCGGCGACCAGAAGCUGCUGCCCGUGGUGCAGAUCGAGGGAGUGGACUGGUCGCAGUGGCCCGGCACGUACGCCGCGCUCUACGCUCUGCAGUGCGCUGUGCUCCUCACCCAGGUGCCCGUCGUCAUCGGACUGGACUGCUUCUUCGUGGCGGCCAUGCUGCACGUGGGAGCCCUGGUGGAGCUGCUGGGGCAGCGCAUCUCUGGACUGCGGCUCUCUGGUGACGGUGGUGUGGACCUGACCGCUGACAGGGGACUCGCGAAGCGGCAGAUGCUGUAUUCAGAGCUCUGUUCCUGCAUCAGGAGCCACCAGAAAAUCACAAAGUUCCUGCGCGACCUGGAGGCCGCCAUGAGCACCAUGGUGCUGGUGCAGCUCUCCACCACCAUGGUCGGCCUCUGCAUGACUCUCUACCAGCAGAUACAGAUUAAGGACGCCCUCACGGCCCUGCAGUACGCCCUGAUCCUGCCCUUCUACAGCGCCGAGAUUUACUUCUACUGCUGGACGGCUGACGUCAUCACACAGCAGGGCGAGGCGCUGUCUCUGGCGGCGUACAGCAGCCACUGGGUGGGCGCCGGCGCCGCCUUCCAGGGGGCGCUGUCCAUCGUGAUGGCGCGCGCCCACAAGCCACUGCUCAUCACGGCGGGACACCUCUACCCCGUCAACACGGCGGCCUUCGUAGCGCUGGUGAAGGCUUCCUACUCGUACUACACGCUGCUGAGACAACUGGACGGCGACUGA